CACUCUUUAAUCCAGAUUAUGGCUGACAAACUGGUUUUGGCAUUCACGUUUCACUAGCAUUGUACCCUUGAAGAGCUGAUGUGGCUGUAGAAACUCUCUUGCCUACAAUUGUUGGUUUUGAAAACAUUUUUGGUUUGGUGUGGCUUUCUUGUAGUUGUUUGCUUAUAGCUCCUUUUUUCUUGAGAAGAUGGCCUUUCUAAUGAAAAGUAUGUUGAGCAACCAGGUAAAGAAUUUGGGACUUGGAGGUGGAGGGGAAGAAAGCAAAGAAGAAAGCACUCCUUCUGAUCCAGCAGCAGCUGCAGGAAUGACCAGAGAGGAGUAUGAGGAAUAUCAAAAGCAAAUGGUUGAGGAGAAGAUGGAAAGAGAUGCAGCAUUUGCACAGAAAAAAGCAGAGCGAGCCUGUCUGAGGGUUCAUCUGAGAGAAAAGUACAGACUCCCUAAGAGUGAAUUGGAUGAGAAUCAAAUACAGAUGGCUGGAGAUGAUGUGGGUUUGCCAGAAGACCUCCAGAAGAUGGUGGCAGAAGAUCAGGUGGAGGAAGAAGACAAAGACUCUAUCCUGGGACAGCUGCAGAACAUCCAGAAUAUGGACAUGGAUGCCAUCAAAGAAAAGGCACAAGCCACCUUCACCGAAAUGAAACAGGCAGCUGAGCAGAAAUGUUCUGUGAUGUAG